GGCUCUCCCUCACCGAACCCAGAUUUUGUAUCUCGCAGACAUCGCCUUUGUUGUUUCCUGGCUCGAUCUCAAACCCGGAAGCAAUGUCAUCGAAGCAGGUAUGCUGGACCCGGACGCUCAAAUAGCCUUCUUCCCCGUCUCGCUUCCUGGAGGAUCGCAUGCUCUUUUCCUCCGAGUCCUCUGGUCUCGGACAUCUCCUGGCCUCUAAGGGCAGUCCUGGAAAGUCAAACAAUCUAAGGACCCAUGCGUGGUCUCAGACGAUCCCCCUCCGCUCAUCGUGCUUUCGCGUUGGUUGGAUCUCGUCCAGUCUGGCCAGCGAGUUGCAUGCUUCCAUGCGAUCUCCUCGGUCGCAUGCAGCAACUCGUCACUGUGAUUAGAAUGAAGUUUGCUUCCCUAGAGAUCUACCUCGAACGACUCGAUGGUGAUCCGCUACAAUUUUCGUGUUGGGUCAAAGUUUGGCUAUACGCAUGAGACUGGUGUAGACCACAACGGAAUGCACUCUCCUAUCGCGCGCGUAGUUGUCAAUCUAGCUCAUCUCGGGCACCUCUCC